CUCUGCACUUUCCAUUUCGUGCCAAAAAAACUUAAAAUAAAUGGAAGCACCACCAACAGCACAACCAUCACAACUACUAGUAGUAUAUAAUCGCACUCGUACAAAUUUGUCGUAUUCAAAAUCUCAUCAUAUUCCUAGGGUUUUAACUUCAAAUUACAACUUCAUAAAUUCAUCAAAUUCACUAAAUAUUCGAUUUAUUUUGAAGAAUCGUAGGAAGAAGGGUUUUGAUAGAAGGCGGACUGGAGAGAGCUUUGUUGUGUCUAAGAUGGGUGGAAAUCAAGCUAGUGCAUCAGGUUCAGAUGUGAAAUCGGGAGAUAUGGUUUUUGAACCUAUUCUGGAGGAAGGAGUUUUUCGUUUUGAUUGCUCUGCUGAUGAUAGGAAUGCAGCAUUUCCGAGUCAUUCUUUUGUCAAUCAGAAGAACAGGGAAACACCUUUGUUGACUACUAAAGGAAAACCAUCAUUUAUCCCUACUUUUGAGUGUGCACAUGGACAACAAAUUGUUAAUAUCGAGCUUCCCGCAGGCACCACAUUCUAUGGAACAGGAGAAGUUAGCGGACAGCUUGAACGUACUGGGAAAAGGGUUUUUACCUGGAACACAGAUGCUUGGGGUUAUGGUUCUGGAACGACAUCUUUGUACCAGUCACAUCCUUGGGUUCUAGCUGUUCUUCCAGACGGAGAAGCACUGGGGGUUCUCGCCGACACAACAAGACGUUGUGAGAUUGAUUUACGGAAAGAAUCAAGUAUAAGGUUUUGUGCUCCAUCAUCAUUUCCUGUCAUUACUUUUGGUCCUUUGCCCUUACCAGUUGAUGUUCUGGCAUCAUUUUCUCGUGCGGUCGGAACUGUUUUUAUGCCCCCAAAGUGGUCACUGGGCUAUCAGCAAUGUCGUUGGAGCUAUGACUCAGAUGCACGAGUUCGUGAGAUCGCUAGAACAUUCCGGGAAAAAGGCAUACCUUGUGAUGUCAUAUGGAUGGAUAUCGACUACAUGGAUGAAUUUCGUUGUUUCACUUUUGACAAGGAACGUUUCUCAAAUCCACAAUCAUUAGUAAAAGAUCUUCAUGAUACUGGUUUCAAAGCAAUCUGGAUGCUUGACCCAGGAAUCAAACAAGAAGAUGGUUAUUUUGUUCAUGACAGUGGUACUGAAAAGGACAUCUGGACCCAGACAGCUGAUGGAAGGCCUUUUGUGGGGGAUGUAUGGCCUGGGCCUUGUGUCUUCCCUGACUUUACACAAUCAAAAGCUCGUUUGUGGUGGUCAAAUUUAGUUAAAGAUUUUACUGAAUAUGGUGUGGAUGGUAUAUGGAAUGAUAUGAAUGAGCCUGCUGUCUUCAAGACGGUAACAAAGACCAUGCCUGAGAGUAAUGUUCACAGGGGAGAUGCUGAACUUGGAGGGUGUCAAAGUCAUGCACAUUAUCACAAUGUAUAUGGCAUGCUGAUGGCGAGAUCGACAUAUGAAGGCAUGAUGUUAGCUAAUAGGAGUAAGCGUCCAUUUGUUCUCACCCGAGCUGGAUAUGUUGGUAGUCAAAGAUAUGCAGCAACAUGGACCGGAGAUAAUCUAUCAACUUGGGAGCAUCUACAUAUGAGCAUAUCUAUGGUUCUUCAACUGGGAAUUAGUGGUCAGCCACUUGCAGGGCCAGAUAUUGGUGGAUUUGCUGGAAAUGCUACGCCAAAGCUCUUUGGGAGAUGGAUGGGUGUUGGUGCUAUGUUUCCAUUCUGCCGUGGGCAUUCCGAAAAGGGCACCUCUGACCAUGAGCCUUGGUCUUUCGGAGAAGAGUGCGAAGAAGUUUGUCGAUUAGCAUUGAGAAGGCGCUACCGCCUUCUACCACACAUAUACACCCUCUUUUAUUUGGCACACACCAAGGGUAUUCCAGUGGCAACUCCUACAUUCUUCAUCGAUUCGAAAGAUCCCAAGUUAAGAGCAAUUGAGAACUCCUUUAUGUUAGGAUCCCUUCUCAUAUAUGCAAGCACAAUGCAUGAUCACGGGGUAAAUCAGUUGCAGCAUACACUACCAGAAGGCAUAUGGAUGAGUUUUGACUUUGAUGAUUCACAUCCGGAUUUACCAGCUCUCUAUUUGCAAGGUGGAUCAAUUAUUCCUGUUGGUCAUCCUCAUCAACAUGCUGGUGAAGCAGAUCCAAGUGAUGAUUUAUCAAUUCUCAUUGCUUUAGAUGAAAAUGGAAAGGCUCAAGGUGUUCUUUAUGAAGAUGACGGUGAUGGAUAUGAAUACACCGAAGGAGGGUAUCUCUUAACUACAUAUGUUGCUGAGCUUCAGUCUUCAGUUGUUACUAUAAGAGUUUCCAAAUCUGAGGGGUUGUGGAAGAGGCCAAAACGUCGUUUACAUGUACACUUAUUGCUCGGUAGAGGUGCUAUGCUUGAUGCAUAUGGAGUAGAUGGAGAUGUUAUACAAAUCACCAUGCCUUCAGAAGCCGAAGUGUCUGAUUUAGUAUCUGCAAGUCAUAAGAAGUUCACUAGUCGACUUGAAACUGCUAGGCAAAUUCCGGAUGUGGAAAAAGUUUCUGAAGGGAAAGGAGUAGAACUUUCUAGGACUCCCGUGGAACUGAAAAGUGGUGAUUGGGUCCUUAAAGUGGUUCCUUGGAUAGGGGGGAGGAUCCUUUCCAUGGAGCAUAUUCCUUCUGGAACUCAAUGGCUUCACAGUCGGGUCGAUAUUGAUGGGUAUGAAGAGUAUAGUGGAAUGGAGUACCGGUCUGCUGGAUGUUCGGAGGAGUAUAGUGUUAUUGAUCGUGAUCUUGAACAGGCUGGAGAAGUGGAGUCUCUUUCAUUAGAAGGCGAUGUUGGCGGUGGAUUGGUUAUUGAACGGAUGAUAUCUUUACCUAAAGAUGAUCCAAAAGUUGUCCAGAUCAAUUCAAGCAUUGUAGCUCGCAGUGUUGGUGCUGGUUCUGGAGGAUUUUCAAGGCUUGUUUGCUUGAGGGUGCACCCUACGUUUAGCCUUUUUCACCCCACAGAAUCAUAUGUCUCAUUUGUUUCCGUUGAUGGAUCUAAGCAUGAUUGUUGGCCAACUUCCAGUGAGCAGAGCUAUGAAGGAGACCUUCGGCCUAAUGGCGAGUGGAUGCUUGUGGAUAAAUGCCUUGGUGUGGCUUUAGUGAACAAAUUCGAUGUCAGUCAGGUUUACAAGUGCCUCAUACACUGGGGAACUGGUACAGUUAACUUGGAGCUUUGGUCCGAGGAUAGGCCUGUAUCAAAAAAGUCGCCUCUGACUAUUUCUCACAAUUACGAGGUGAGAGGAGUCUAGUAGCUUAGCAGAAAUGUAAACCCGCAGAAGGAAUCUAAUUGCAUUCAAAUAUGUACUUCAAAAUCUUUUAUUGAGAUCCUGACAUGUGGUUUCCCUAUUAAUACCGUAGUAUGUAACAUUAGUCUUUAUCUCGUAUCAAACGCAUAUGAUUUGGUGCACAUGACUGAAGACUUUGUGAGCUUCAACUCUCUCCCUUUGGUUUGGUUUGUUUGCUGUGAAUGAGAAACACUUGAAAAUUUAUGAAUUUGUCAUUCAUACAAA